GCUUGCCGAGAAAGCCUCUACGAGCGCGCGCCACACUUCCUCAAUCGACGGAAUCACGGAGCGAAAAAACCGAGAGGAAGAGAAAGAUCAACUUUCGUUGCGCUGCGGUGAAAAAGAAACAGCACCGAGUUCGCAGGGCGAGCGUUACGGGGUCAACUACGGGAAGAACAUAAAAAGACUGAUUGUUUAAUCGAACAUUGACAGAGUUGGUGACCUUGGUACUCGUCACCAUGGCUCCUUUCUUGAGGAUCACCUUUAAUUCGUAUGACUUGGGCGUCCUGCCUCCUCUGGCCGACCCGCCCUUCUGUGCAAUCAAGAUGAAGGAGGCCUUGACAACUGAAAGAGGAAAGACCCUUGUUCAGCGGAAACCUACCAUGUACCCAGCUUGGAAGGCCUGUUUUGAUGCUCACAUCUAUGAAGGUCGUGUGCUCGAGGUUCUGCUGAUGAAGACAGCUGAAGAGCCACUAGCUGAGGUCACUGUUGGAGUGUCUGUCCUUGCUGAGCGCUGCAAGAAAGCCAACGGCCGCGCAGAGUUCUGGGUGGAUCUCCAUCCCUCUGGGAAAGUGAUGAUGGCAGUGCAGUAUUUUCUAGAGGGAGGGGAUACAGAGAGUAAGCAAGCUGCGAAGGAGGAGGAAGCUCCAACUCUGAACCGUAGACGAGGGGCCAUCAAACAGGCCAAGAUCCACUUCAUAAAGAACCACGAGUUCAUUGCCACAUUCUUCAGACAGCCCACUUUCUGCUCCGUGUGCAGAGAAUUUGUCUGGGGACUCAAUAAGCAAGGCUAUAAAUGCAGACAAUGCAAUGCAGCCAUCCACAAGAAAUGCAUAGACAAAAUCAUCGGCAGAUGUACCGGUACUGCUGCCAACAGUCGGGAUACUGUGUUCCAGAAGGAGCGCUUUAAAAUUGACAUGCCGCACCGCUUCAAGACCAAUAACUACAUGAGUCCCACCUUCUGUGACCAUUGUGGAAGUCUUCUGUGGGGUUUAGUCAAACAAGGCCUCAAGUGUGAAGAUUGUGCCAUGAAUGUCCAUCACAAGUGUCAAGAUAAAGUAGCCAACCUAUGUGGUAUCAACCAGAAACUACUAGCUGAAGCACUGACACAAGUCAGCCAGAAAUCGUCCACCCGCCGGUCAGAUCCAAACCUGCCUAAUCUGCCUGAUAUUGGAAUCUAUGAUGAAGUCAGCAAGCUUGCUGGACUGGAUGUCAAUGAUGGAUCGCCCUAUGGCAGACUGUGGGAGGGGUCCAGCCCACGGUCUCAGUCUCGCAUCACCCAUCUGACCCGCGUCAAUGUGGACGACUUCAUCUUCCACAAGGUUUUGGGGAAAGGCAGCUUUGGCAAGGUCCUCCUGGCUGAGCUGAAGGGUCGUGGAGAGUACUUUGCAGUAAAGGCUCUGAAGAAAGAUGUGGUGCUGAUGGAUGACGAUGUGGAGUGCACUAUGGUAGAGAAGAGAGUCUUGGCUUUAGCCUGGGAAAACCCUUUCCUCACACACCUUUACUGCACUUUCCAGACCAAGGAGCAUCUGUUCUUUGUGAUGGAGUAUCUGAAUGGAGGAGACUUGAUGUUUCAUAUUCAGGAGAAAGGGCGCUUCGAACUCUACAGAGCCACGUUCUACUCUGCUGAGAUCAUUUGUGGCCUGCAGUUCUUACAUACCAAAGGGAUCAUCUACAGAGAUCUGAAGUUAGAUAAUGUGAUGCUGGAUCACGAGGGACACAUAAAGAUCGCCGACUUUGGCAUGUGCAAGGAGAACUUGUUCGGAGAGAAUCGUGCUACAACUUUCUGUGGUACUCCCGACUAUAUUGCUCCAGAGAUCCUGCUGGGACAGAAAUACUCCUUUUCUGUUGACUGGUGGUCAUACGGGGUGUUGCUGUAUGAAAUGUUGGUUGGUCAGUCGCCUUUCCAUGGAGACGAUGAGGAUGAGUUGUUUGAGUCCAUUCGCAUGGAUACACCCCACUAUCCUCGCUGGAUUAACAAGGAGGCCAAGGACCUGCUUGAGCGGUUGUUUGAGAGGGACCCCACACGCAGGCUAGGAAUUGUGGGCAAUAUCCGUUUACAUCCCUUCUUCAAGGUCAUUAACUGGCAGGCUCUGGAGAGGAGAGAGGUCGAUCCCCCCUUCAAACCCAAAGUGAAAGCACCGAAUGAUUGCAGCAACUUUGAUCGGGAGUUCCUGAGUGAGAAGCCUCGUCUCUCCCACAGUGAUAAGAACUUCAUAGACUCGAUGGAUCAGACGGCGUUCUCUGGCUUCUCAUUCAUCAACCCUAAGAUGGAGCACCUUUUAGAAAAGUGACUGCCAUAGUCUGACCUGGGUAACAACCCUACUGUGCUCGGACAGUUCCCUUAUUCUGUCACAUUGUGAAACUUGCAAAUGAGUGAGCUGUUCAACAAUCAGUAUUUUUGUGACCUUGUCUUAAGCACAACAUUUUCUCAUUGGGUACUUGUAGAAAUCAGUAAAAACAGGCCCGUGUACUGUAUAUAUUGAUGUAAUUGUGCUUGUGUGCAUGCUUGUUAUUUUUCUAGGUUGUGAAGGCCUAAAUGAGUAAUGCUAUUAGGGUGGGAGGUUGAAAAUCCUUACAUUCCGCUUGACGUCACUGCUACCAUCCGCAGCCAUUUUGUGUCCCAUUUCGUAACAUACAAUGAUAAAUUAGGAGGCGGGAAAGAAACUGAUAGGAAUAAAUUAUGCUGUAUACUAAAAAAUGUAGAUGUGUAAAUGAGAUGGCUGCAUGAAUAGAGAACAGACUGACAAAAAUCUUUAAAUAUAGAUCAAUAAUGAAUGUUAACUGUCUUUGGAACGUCUGAAUUCCUGGAUAAAUCAUGUCUUUUGUGAUUGACUAAACUGUGCCACGUAAAGAACAAAUCUAAUCAGAGUAACAGCUGAUCUCAGCUGUAUUGGAAGGUCUUGUCUGUGGAUGGCUGCGGAUUUGAUGUAUUCAAGUGCAAAAAGUUCAGUAAAGGUACUUGACAUUAAACAAUGAGUUGAGAGUUACUGUAAUGCUGUAUAUAAACAAUGUAUAUUUAUAUUGUUGUAACAUGUAUAUUGGUUUGCUAAGGAUGUACUUUUUUUUUUACUGUCUCCAUCUUUUACAUCCGAUUAAAAAACUAUCAAC